UAGCACACCCAAAUUAUAUUAAAAUCCUUCCCAACAUACCACACACAAAUAAUAAAUAAAACCAGCUCCCCGGCUUUCAGCCACCUCCGAUUUACUUGGACAUCUCUCGGUCACAUAUCAGAGUUAUUAAGAUGCUGUUCAAUUUCUUAAUAUCGGUCGUCACGACAUUCUCGUUGUUAGGAGCCUCAGUCAACGCAUCUCCCAUCCGCUGUCCCGACUCCAAACGAGAUUUAAUUCUUCAAGGAGCGAUGCCGGCCGAGGAAUGCUGUAGCUAUGGAGUCUGCAAAAACACAGUCGUUGUCGCGAUGGGACCAGCAGAGGAGAGCAAGAGCUCAGCGAUCAUGUACAACACACGGUGAUCAAGCGAGAUUAGUGCCUUGUCCCUAAAGAGCACUUUUCACGAUCCUCUUCAUUAUCUCAGCACCAGCAUGAUCAGCAUUAUAUCGGCGUUUUUUCCAUGGGUCUAGCAUAUUGUCAUGGGCAACUGGAGUUCGGAGUGGGGGCAUUCGGUGGGCGAAAAUAUUAUGAGAUUAACGAUGGCCAAUCAUCAUUUACACCUGGCCGAUUGGAAGAUGAGCAUCUGCGCUGCAUG